CAUUUCACCGUUCACCGACGCCGCGUCACGCGUACACACGGGCACCGAGCUCUCGCGCUCGCGCUCUCUCGUGGGCAAAAUAGCGCUCUCACGAACGCACACUGAUGCAUUUGACUUUACCGUGUCAGAUCGGACCCGAGCGUUUCAAUCGAUGUCGGAGUUUCACCUCUGGAUAUAAGCCGCAACAUCACCACCAUCAGUUGAAAAUAAAGACCUCAUCAAAGAGGCAAAUUAUGCCAGCAGUACCAGAGUCCCUGUCUCUGGUGACGUGCCAGGCUGUUGGUGAGACCCUCCGCUCCCUCGCCCCUGGCCGGCCCAUGCUGGUGGACGCCCCGCUCAGGCCCACGCCCGCACCAUGAGCGCCAACGGCCCCGCUCCGCCUGCCGCGCCCCCUGCAGCUGCGGUGGCCGUGCCCGUGUCCUCGGUGGUACCGGUGGGCUCGCUGGCCCAAAAGAAACGACAGCAGUAUGCCAAGAGCAAAAAACAGGGCAGUUCGGCCAACACGAGGCCACAGAGAGCUCUCUUCUGCCUCAACCUCAACAACCCCAUCCGCCGGGCCUGCAUCAGCCUCGUGGAAUGGAAGCCAUUCGAUAUCUUUAUAUUGAUAGCGAUUUUCGCCAACUGCAUGGCCUUAGCUGUAUAUAUUCCCUUUCCUGAGGACGACUCCAACUCAACCAACCACGACCUGGAAACAGUCGAAUAUGCCUUCCUUGUCAUUUUUACGAUCGAAACCUUCCUGAAGAUCAUAGCAUACGGCCUGGUGAUGCACCAGAACGCGUACGUCCGAAACGGAUGGAACAUGCUGGAUUUUGUCAUUGUAGUCAUAGGGUUGUUUAGUGUUGUUUUGGAAGUUUUGACCAAAGAUGGGGAGAAGGACAUCGCAGCUCCCCCGGCUGCGCACGGCCACGGUGGAAAAUCUGGAGGAUUCGAUGUCAAAGCCCUCCGAGCCUUUCGAGUGCUGCGACCGCUUCGCCUGGUGUCAGGAGUGCCCAGUUUGCAGGUGGUGUUGAACUCCAUCAUAAAAGCCAUGGUUCCUCUCCUCCACAUCGCCCUGCUGGUUCUGUUCGUCAUCAUCAUCUACGCCAUCAUCGGUUUGGAGCUUUUCAUAGGAAAGAUGCACGCUACGUGUUUUUUUAAAGGGUCAGAUUUAAUUGCGGAGGACGAACCCGCGCCGUGCGCUGUUAACGGUCACGGUCGCACUUGCCCCAUCAACGGCACGGUGUGCAAAGAGGGUUGGAACGGUCCCAACGGGGGCAUCACGAACUUCGACAACUUCAUGUUUGCCAUGUUGACUGUAUUCCAGUGCAUAACCAUGGAGGGCUGGACGGACGUUCUCUACUGGAUGAAUGAUGCAAUGGGUCUGGAGCUGCCGUGGGUGUACUUUGUGAGUUUGGUCAUCUUCGGUUCUUUCUUCGUCCUGAACCUGGUUCUGGGUGUUUUGAGCGGAGAGUUCUCUAAAGAGCGAGAGAAAGCAAAAGCGCGUGGAGAUUUCCAGAAGCUUCGUGAGAAACAACAGCUGGAAGAGGAUCUGAAGGGAUACCUGGACUGGAUCACGCAGGCCGAAGACAUCGACCCUGAGAAUGAGGAGGACGAGGAAGAGAGUAAACGCAAUCCGAGUAUGCCGGCGAGCGAGACCGAGUCCAUGAACACAGAGAAUGAAAAAGGAGAUGACAAGGCAACGUGUUGUGGCCCAACAUGUCAGAAAAUUUCAAAAUCGAAGUUCAGUCGGCGCUGGCGGCGCUGGAAUCGGUUAUGUCGGAGGAAUUGUCGUUUUGCAGUGAAAUCGGUGCCGUUUUAUUGGCUAGUGAUCAUUUUGGUUUUCCUCAACACUUUAACCAUCUCCUCUGAACAUUACAACCAGCCCAUGUGGCUCACACAAGUACAGGAUGUAGCCAAUAAAGUGCUCCUGGCCAUGUUCACGAGCGAGAUGUUGGUGAAGAUGUACAGUCUGGGCCUGCAGGCUUAUUUCGUGUCCCUCUUCAAUCGCUUUGACUGCUUCGUGGUGUGCGGAGGCAUUACGGAGACGAUCCUGGUGGAGUUUGAGAUCAUGUCACCUCUGGGCAUCUCUGUGUUUCGAUGUGUGCGACUACUCAGGAUCUUUAAAGUCACACGUCACUGGGCGUCUCUCAGUAACCUGGUGGCGUCCCUUCUAAACUCCAUGAAGUCCAUCGCCUCUCUGCUGCUGCUGCUCUUCCUCUUCAUCAUCAUCUUCAGUCUCCUCGGGAUGCAGGUGUUCGGCGGCAAGUUCAACUUCGACCAGACGCAGACGAAGAGGAGCACAUUUGACAACUUCCCUCAGGCCUUGCUCACGGUGUUUCAGAUCCUUACCGGUGAAGACUGGAACGCUGUCAUGUAUGACGGCAUUAUGGCGUACGGCGGACCGUCGUCGUCCGGAAUGAUCGUGUGCAUCUACUUCAUCAUCCUGUUCAUCUGUGGAAACUACAUCCUUCUGAAUGUGUUCUUGGCCAUCGCUGUGGACAACCUGGCAGACGCCGAGUCUCUGAACACGGACACCGAUGAUAAAAAGAAAGGGGAUGAAAAUGAUGAAAAUGAGGAUGAUGUCAAGGCCGGAGAGGAGGAUGAGAAGGACAAUGCAGAGGAGGACGAAGAGGCGGCGGACGUUCCCGCGGGGCCUCGCCCAAAGAUCUCGGAGCUUGUUAAGAAGGAGAAAAUCACUCCGAUCCCAGAGGGCAGUGCGUUCUUCAUCUUUAGCAGCACAAACCCAUUUCGGGUUGCAUGUCACAAACUGAUAAACCAUCACAUCUUCACCAACCUCAUUCUGGUUUUCAUCAUGCUAAGCUCCGCCUCCUUGGCAGCCGAGGAUCCAAUCAGAAACUUCUCAGCUCGCAAUAUCAUACUUGGUUACUUUGACUAUGCCUUCACGGCUAUCUUUACUGUAGAGAUCGUGUUGAAGAUGACCACGUACGGUGCGUUUCUCCACAAGGGGGCGUUCUGCAGGAAUUACUUUAAUCUGCUGGAUUUGCUGGUGGUUGGCGUUUCUCUGGUCUCCUUUGGCAUACAAUCAUCUGCCAUCUCAGUGGUGAAAAUCUUGAGAGUUCUGCGGGUGCUGCGUCCGCUCAGGGCCAUAAACCGAGCUAAAGGACUGAAGCAUGUGGUCCAGUGUGUGUUCGUGGCCAUCAGAACGAUCGGAAACAUCAUGAUUGUCACCACACUUCUGCAGUUCAUGUUCGCGUGCAUUGGCGUACAGCUCUUCAAGGGGAAGUUUUACCGUUGCAAUGAUGAAACCAAGUCAACCUCAGAGGCGUGCAAGGGAACUUAUAUCUUGUUUAAGGAGGGAGAUGUGAAUCAGCCGACCAUUCAGAAGCGUCAGUGGCACAACAGCGAAUUCAACUUUGAUAACGUGCUCAUGGCCAUGAUGGCUCUGUUCACAGUGUCCACGUUUGAAGGCUGGCCAGCGUUGUUGUACAAAGCCAUCGACUCUAACCGCGAGAACAUGGGCCCGAUCUACAACUACCGCGUGGAGAUUUCCAUCUUCUUCAUCAUCUACAUCAUCAUCAUUGCCUUCUUCAUGAUGAACAUUUUUGUGGGUUUCGUCAUCGUGACCUUUCAGGAACAGGGAGAGAAGGAAUAUAAAAACUGUGAGCUGGACAAAAACCAGCGUCAGUGUGUGGAGUAUGCGUUGAAAGCGCAUCCUCUCAGGCGGUACAUCCCCAAAAAUCCAUACCAGUAUAAGUUUUGGUAUGUGGUGAACUCCACCGGCUUCGAGUACAUCAUGUUCGUCCUGAUUUUGCUGAACACCAUCUGUCUCGCCGUCCAGCAUUAUGGUCAGUCUGAGCUGUUCAACUAUGUGAUGGACAUUCUGAACAUGGUGUUCACUGCUGUAUUCACAGUGGAGAUGGUUCUCAAAUUAAUCGCUUUUAAACCCCGGCAUUAUUUCACUGACGCGUGGAACACGUUUGACGCCUUAAUAGUUGUCGGUAGCGUGGUAGAUAUCGCUAUCACCGAAGUCAACCCCACAGAGGCACCUCAGGUGGAUGAGUCGGGGAACACGGAGGACAGCGCUCGCAUCUCCAUCACCUUCUUUCGGCUUUUCCGAGUCAUGCGAUUGGUCAAGCUGCUGAGCAGAGGAGAGGGGAUUCGAACCCUCCUUUGGACCUUCAUCAAGUCCUUCCAGGCUCUGCCAUAUGUGGCUUUAUUGAUAGCGAUGCUCUUCUUCAUCUAUGCUGUGAUUGGCAUGCAGAUGUUUGGGAAGAUUGCAAUGGUGGACCACACACAGAUCAACAGAAACAACAACUUCCAGACGUUUCCACAGGCCGUGCUGUUGCUCUUCAGAUGUGCAACAGGUGAAGCCUGGCAGGAUAUCAUGUUGGCAUGUAUGCCGGGAAAACUGUGUGACCCGGAAUCGGACUAUAAUCCCGGUGAAGAGAUGACCUGCGGAAGCAACUUUGCCAUCAUAUACUUCAUCACCUUCUACAUGCUCUGCGCCUUCCUGAUCAUUAACUUGUUUGUGGCUGUCAUCAUGGACAACUUUGACUAUCUGACCCGUGAUUGGUCAAUUCUGGGACCGCAUCACCUUGAUGAAUUCAAGAGGAUUUGGUCAGAGUACGACCCAGAGGCCAAAGGUCGAAUAAAACAUUUGGAUGUUGUGACGCUGUUACGACGCAUUCAGCCUCCGCUCGGCUUUGGCAAACUAUGUCCUCACAGAGUCGCCUGCAAGAGACUGGUUGCGAUGAACAUGCCUCUCAACAGCGACGGGACGGUCAUGUUCAAUGCCACACUUUUUGCUCUCGUGAGAACAGCCUUGAAGAUCAAAACAGAAGGUAACUUGGAGCAGGCCAACGAAGAGCUCCGGGCCGUUAUUAAGAAGAUCUGGAAGAGAACCAGCAUGAAACUUCUGGAUCAAGUGGUGCCCCCUGCUGGUGAUGAUGAGGUAACCGUGGGGAAGUUCUAUGCCACUUUCCUGAUACAGGACUACUUUAGGAAAUUCAAGAAACGCAAAGAAGAAGGUCUGGUGGGCAUCCACCCAGCUCAGAACAACACGGCCGUUGCCCUGCAGGCCGGCCUCCGUACGCUGCAUGACAUUGGGCCAGAAAUUCGCCGCGCGAUAUCGUGUGACCUGCAGGAUGACGAGCUAGUAGACUUUUUACCCGAGGAGGACGAAGAAAUUUAUAGGCGAAACGGGGGACUGUUUGGCAACCACCUCAAUCAUAUAAACGGAGACUCCAGGAGGAGCUCCGGCCAUCAGACGAACGCCACACAGCGCCCCCUGCAGGUGCAGCCACCCCCGCAUUACGCACACAUGGAGCAACCCGUGGGGCGGCUGGGUCGCGCCAAUGCCAUGGCGCAGCAAAACCAUCAUCGCCAUCACCACCAUCAUCACCAUCAUCACAAUUCCUACAACAAGUCACCCAAGUCGACCAACAUCAAUCUCAACAACGCCAACAUUUCCAGUUUGCCCAACGGAGGGCACAAUCGGUUCUACGAGCAUGUGCCCGCCAAUGGCUACCCAGGAUCGUAUUAUGGAGAUUACGACAAGCCCAGAACUCCUAAUGGGCAAAGAAGGCGCUACUUUGAGACCUAUGUUAGGUCACACGGCAGCGACAGAAGACAGCCAACAAUACGCCGUGAGGAAGAGUGCGAUGAAGACCGCAACUCAGCGGAGUAUUACAGCGGAGAGGAGUUUUAUGAAGAUGACAGCAUGCUGUCUGGUGACAGGUACCCUAACAGUGACCAGGAGUACGAGACACCGCGGGGUUACCACCAUCCUGACGGUUACUAUGACGAUGAUGAGCAGCCCCUUUAUCAUGAGUCACACAGGUCGCCAAAGAGAAGAUUGCUUCCUCCUACACCACAAGGUCAUCGGAGGUCGUCCUUUAAUUUUGAGUGUCUGCGAAGGCAGAAUAGUCAAGAUGACCUUCUUAACCAGCGUACCGCUCUACCCUUACAUCUCAUGCAACACCAGGUGAUGGCAGUAGCAGGUCUAGACUCCAACAGGGCUCACAGGCUUUCACCAACACGAUCUACCAGAUCAUGGGCGUCACCUCCACCCACUCCUGCGAGUAAAGACCGGACGCCGUACUCCACGCCCCUGAUCCGCGUGGACCGCCCUCUGAGGGACAGCGUGAGCAGCAGUCGAUCAUCCGUCAGAAAGAGCUCGUGGUACACAGAUGACCCCGAGUACCAGCAGAGGAAUUACUCACCCAUUCACCUGCAGGUCCCGCCUGAGUACAGAAACCAGUACCAUCAGAAGAGAGGCAGUGCCACCAGUUUGGUGGAGGCGGUCUUGAUAUCAGAAGGAUUGGGUCGCUACGCCAAAGAUCCAAAGUUCGUGUCGGCCACGAAGCACGAGAUCGCAGACGCGUGCGAGAUGACCAUUGACGAAAUGGAAAGCGCCGCCAGCCAUCUCCUGAACGGCACCAUCACGCCAGCCGUCAACGGCAUCAACGUGUUUCCCAUACUGGACCAGAAAGACUAUGAGCUACAGGACGUGUCGGCUAGUUACAGCGACGAGGAACCGGAGCCUGAACCUCGGCCGCGGUACGAGGAGGACCUGGCGGAUGAAAUGAUAUGCAUUACCACUUUAUAGCAUUUGCUAACAGACGAGCGCGUUCUUUGAAAACUGAUCAAACGAAAAUAAAGUAUAUUCAUUGGCUUACUACCUAAAGAAGUGCCUUCACAGCGGAACGGAAAGGCACCGAAAGCACGGACGAGUCGGUCUUGCCCCACAAGGAGUCACGUGAACUGGUGAAUCGGACGCAAUCGUGGGGACCGCUUGACGACGUUAAGCUCUGAAAGCGAAUUUUAAUUGGCUGCUUGUACUGUCACUGCAGGAAAUGGACCAAUGAGCAGCGAGGCGAGGGACCCGGGGGCGGGCUGUUUCCAAGGUGAUGACAAUCAGAGCGAAUAUACAGUAUGUCAUUACCUCAGUCACUUUAAGGGUUUUGCAUAUCAAGCACGUUGCAAGCUCAAUGCAAGCUAAGUAUGGCACAUCCCUCCUCAAAGGCUUUAGUUUGAACGUACGACCCAUACUUUAUUUUACUAACGAUAAGGCAAACUGCAUAUUUUAGAGAACAAACGCUUACUACACAACACUGGUUUACAAUAAGGAUAUCAUGCUGGUAUGUGGUAAACUGGACAAACUUUACAAGACAAUUUCAGCAUUUGUGUUGAAUGCACUAGCAGGCAGGUUAUUUUUUAAAUUUAGGAUAGCCUGUUUGAUAUUUCAUAAUAUGCUGUAAAUGACUUGUGAUAUAAGGCAAAAGAAGAACUUUGUAAAGAGACGUUAUAUAUUUUGUAAUUAUGUACUGUACUGUACUGUACAAAAAAAAGAGAUCAGCAAUAUUAAUCCUUAUUGAUGUUAUCGCAUUACAAAAAGACGACGUUCUGUGUUAUUUUGAUAGGUACUGUACCUGAUUAAAUCCUGGGCCUUUAUUCUUUGCUCAUAUGCAUACUCGUAAUUUAGAACAAAAAAGCCAAUUUUUUAUGAGAUUACGUCUGUGACACCCGCACAAAAUAUGCAAGUCGUUUCUUUCGUUUUCCGUUUCAUAAGUAGUGUUCCUUUAAAAUCUACAGCAUGCAGUAUGGGUCACAAAAGUCAACCUCCUUUACGGGGCUUUUCGUAGGGCUUAACAGAAUAGUGUCUUAAUCGUGUCCGUGGGUUUAUUAAAGGAGUCUGUCGAUGUUUGGUUGCAUAUUUUGUGCAGGGGAGGCGCGCAGGAAGGUGCGACGGUAAAUGCGCAUUAACAAUGCUGCUUAAUUAGUCUGCAAUUAAACUGUACGACCCUCGCCAGGAAAAUUCUGCCACACGGAGAAGCCUGCUGCCGCUAGCUGAUCUAUGAAUAGCAAACUUAUUCCCAGAGUACUGCGGAGGGAAACCCAAAGCUAAUUUCAGGUCGGCAAUUAAAUUCCACCGACAUCACAGGGUGUUUCGCGCCUUGAUGGGGACGUAUUAAAAUUAAGGUUUUUUAAAAAUGGUUAUGAAGAUCAUGAUAAUAAGAAGGAUUAUGAAAGAAACCAUGAGGUGAUGGGAACGUUUCAGGUUGUUUAAAGUGUAUGUUCACAUCGUGCAUCCUUAAAGGGACAGUUCACCCAAAAAACAAAAAUUCUGCCAUUAUUUAAUUGUUCCAAAAUACUUCGCAUAUGGCUCAUACAGUAUAUUACACGUAUAUUCCUAGUCUUCUUAAGUCAUACGUGGUAGCUUUGCAUAGGCAGUUACGUAUUUGAAGUUAACGUGAAGCUUUGGAAGACUCAGGAUGUAAUGCACACGGCAUAUUGACUUAGGCCGUGUUCAGACUUGACUUCUUUUUCGAAGCUGCUAGCGUCUGUUUUACAUUAUAAUCCUAUGGAGUAAACCGUGUUUUCAAAAAACGUCCUGAGCGCUUUUUUAAACGCCAGUGCCAGCGUCUUUUUCUGCAGCUCAGAGCGUCUUUUGAGGUUGAAAAAAGUUUAACUUUUCUGGAAAAAAAUGCCCUACGUCAAGCUCCUUUUUCACAGCUAACCAAUGACAGAGACCUGUCGUUUCCAUAACAACAUGCGAGGGACAUGAUUGGUCGAGAAGGCUCAAACUCUGAAAAAUAAAAUGGCGGCUGAAGCGCCCGUUGGAGCAUAGUUAUGAAUGUAAGUUUAAUUUUCACUUUCAACAACUUCUGAAUGCAUUUCUAGCGAGAAAUUAGUAUUGUAGUUUUUAAAUAUGUGAUUAGUUAUUGUAAAGACGCUCUCUGUUUAUAAUUCAAAUAGACUUCCGUUACGCUGCCUAUGUUUCUCUGGGCUGCCUUCGUGCACAGACGCUUCCUCCGAAGUCAUGGCGUUCGGCUGCUAUUUGUAACCAAACGCAGCCAGCUUUUUUUUUUCUAAAAAAGCACGUUUGUCAACUUUUUCUUGUCAAAAAAUAAGUCAAGUGUGAACAUGGCCUUAAGGUGUUUUUUGCCACAUUAACUAUAAGCUAUACAGAAUUCUGUUUUUGGCACAUUUUGUAACUAUAAGCUAUACAGAAUUCUGUUUUGUAGGAAAAAAACAUAGUAUGCAGGUUUGGAAUGGACAUUUUAGGGUGAACUGUUCCUUUAAGCAGAGCAAGAAACUGGUUAAGCAAUACCGAUCCGAAUUUCCCAUGCAUUGUUUCUAGUGUUAUUUACUUAUUUUGUUUUAUUUCACUGCUUCAUUGCAGCUCCGGCUUCUGCAGUUACCUCUUUUAGUGCAGGGGAAACAUAUCAGCAUUUGAAGCGUCCUUUUUGUGAGCAUUUUGCCUUUAAGGUGUUAUAAAAUUGAGGAUUUUCCAGAGACCUCGGUACGGGAAUACGCGAUUCAAUUGCCCUUUCUGUCACUUCCAACAGACAAAUUAAUGCCGAGCAUUAUGGGUAAAAAAUGUUUGACUGCAAAGGCCACUGCCCUGGAGCGCGGAGCUUCGGUACCGUGAAAAUAAAGGGAAGAAAUGGUUUUUGUGAGAACUGAUGUUUAUGAGUUUGAUCUCUUGUGUUUUGGAAGAGUACUGUGCUUUUCAGUCCAACCGAAUACUGUCGUGAAACUUGUGGGUUCAACCACUGCGUGUGCACAUCCGAAAGGGCUUCUGAAAUGAUCCUAGCGAAAAAAAACUACAUUGUGUUCUGGUCUUCAUGUCAGUUAUACUGCAUCUUGUUAAUGGACCAAUGCACAUUCUUGGCACAUUGUACUAUUCGUAGCAAUUACUGGUAAGGACAAUAAAAUAUGCAUUAUUUUUAAUAAAGGAAAAACUUUAAAAAAAAACCUUGUUAAACGAAAGAUUUAACUUUUACCUCGUGUCAGGGACUCCUGAAAAGAAGAAAUUUGGUUCUUGAUUUACCAAUGGAAUUUUACUCUUAGCACAUGUUCGUCUUUGCACAAAUUACUGUAACGUGCAAUUUGUUUUCCUUGUUUUCUAUUCAUAUUUUGUGUAUUAAGGUGGGCAAUUUUUGUAAUUUUUCUGUGACUGUGCGUACGGUUUAGUGAAUAUAUAUUUGUCAUUCGCAUUUCACCUUUCAGUGCUGGAACAGAUGAGGAGAACGGAGAAAUAAAGGUGCACACCUUUGUAUUGUUAACGUCAGCGUUAGCAAAAAAUGAAAAAAAGUAUUAUGCGCAUUUAGAGCCACAUAUGUUGAUUAUCACAUUUUCAUCUAGAGUUGUUGCUACUACUAUUAUAUAAUUUUUAUGAAUAAUGCUGUAAGAUUAUAGUGUAACAUUUGUACAAAAGUAAUGGAAAGAUGUGUGGUGGUGGUGGUGGUGAUGUUCUUCUUUUGAAGGUCCUUCUCUUUGCUCUGUUAUGGUUUUUAUUCCAUGAGGAAAAAAGAAAAACGAUUUUCUCUUCGUAGCAGAUGACUUCUAAUAUCCCUCUAGGUUUUGUAUGGAUACAUUUUUCUUUUUUUGUAAUUUUCCUAUUUAUUUUGGCCUGGACUUGAUUUGAAUCCAUAUUGAAAUUUUAUUUUCUAAUGAUUAAUACUGAAUAAACUUAAUGAAUAAACAAGAAAUAAACG